AAAGUCCAAGCCACGACACGCUACGCGUUGCUACGGGCCAGUGCUACGGCGUAGCCCGAUGUAGCCGCACGGCGCUCUGCGCUACGGAUGCUACGAAAGUGCGAAAAGUAUUCGUAGUGUUGGAAAUAGUAAUAAUAAAAAAUAAUAAUAGCAAAAACUUGGAAUAGUAGAAGUCGGUUUUAAGUUUGAGUAAAUAAAGUCUAUAAAAAGUUAAAAGUGCUUGUGUAUAUUUUGGAGAAGUGAUGAUUUAGAUUUAUGUAAUUUGUUAUUGAAUUGAAAAUGACUGUAGAGUUAUUACAUUUAUUGCAGUAUGAAACAAAAACAGUAAACACAAAAAAUGAUAAUCAUUGGGAACGAAGAAAAUCAGCUUUACGGACGAGGCGACAUGGACAGCACAAAGCUAGAAGACGGAGACAAAUCGAACCCAUCUCGUCCGCCACAGACGCGGACGUCACAGACUCCGCACUGGCGCAGCCGUCGCGCAUCUCCGCCGGUGAGAGCGGUACUUUAGAGUGGAGUGGCGCGACCGGUGGGCCUCCGGCAGAGGUGGUUCUGCGACUGCACCCCCCACAGACCACCCUCACAAGCAACAUCUCCUCCAUGUCCAACUCCAGUGACACUACCAAUGGCAGCGGUGUAGUCGUCCGAGCAGAGGAAGCCCUCAUAGUAGCCUUCGUCCUCUUGCUGUGGGUGGCGGCCAUAGCGCUCUUCUUCAACCGUUGGGGCAAGAUAAGGUGCGUCUAUAAACUGAUGCUGGAGCCGUAUCAGCCCAAGUUCCAACAACAGCAUCGGCAGAGCUGCGCGCUGGCGGAAAGCUCAGUGUCCGUGCCCCCACAUCACCGCGCAUCUCUAUCGCGUGGUUGCGUGUCCUACGACUGCGGUGUGGGCUUCCCAGCCUACCAGCCAUGUGGAUACCUUCCUCAUCGUCUUAGACAGAACUCCGUCUUCGUCGGCAGCAUGGGUGGCAUGGCGCUAAUCCCCGAAAGCCCUCCGCGGCGCUCGCGCUCCGUCGCCGACCUCCCCGUCCUCGUUCCGCCCUCUGACCCCCCGCACGCCACCCCCCGCUCCUCACGUGCCGCCAGUCUGCACAGCGCCGUAGACCUCCGGAUCUGCGUACCUUCCCCACGGGCAUCUAGGGCAGCGAGCCUACAUUCCUCAGUAGACAUGCCGGGGUCCGUCCAAGUACAUAUUCGAGGGUCUGGGGGUAAUCUGAAUAAGCCGAGAAGUCCAAGAAGGUUGACUAUAACUAAUGUGUGAGAUCCGCCUGUUCUACAGUCUGAGAGGUAUUAAGCUGGCCGGACUGAUUUAAGAGGGAAUCUAUAUCAGUUUGACUAGUUCAUGAAGUGAAGUUUGUUUCUUUUGACUGGUUUCGCAGUGUGCCUAUAAUUGGUGUCACUGCCAUGGAAGCUACUCUUUUUAAAUAACCUCAAACAUAAAAUAGAAUUCAACUAGUCGUUACGAAUUUUAUAUAUUUCCUGAAAUCAAUCAAAAAAGGUAUAAUUAUGUUGCAAAAUGCCUUCAUUUUUCCACCUCUCGGAUUGUAGAGCCGUCGUCUACCAAGAAAAUUUAUAAAUUAUAUAUAUUUCACUUCGACUGGCUCAUGUUUUUAUCCUACCACGUCGGUAGCAAACAAGAGUUUAAACUUCCUCUUGGGAAGAAAUUGUUUUCUUAUGUUGAAUUAUUUUUGGAGAAUAACUCGACCAUAACUCGAGACUACUCCGAGAAAGAACUCAUUCCACAGACAGUGAUCCUGAAGGAUAUUUCUCCAUGUCAUCUGCUAUUUUCUGAGCUUCUUUAUCGUGACACUACAUUGCUCGUCCCAAACUAACAUUACCUACUUGCGUUUUCACAUGCGACUCCAUAUUUGAAGUCGUGCUUCAAAGUAGAAGUCGCGCAAACUCCAUGUCCAUGAUAUUUGAUGGAAAUAUUUUAGGUCCAGAAAUAUACUAAGUAACUUUUUAGUUUUGUUUGUAUAUUCCUUUCAUUAAUUUACUUGUUCUAGUCGAACCCUGAAAACCAAUGGUUUUAAAUUUCAUGUAAAUGCCGCUGAAGAUGGUCUUGCAUUUAAAUAUACUGUUGUAUAAACUUACGAUUGCGUGAUAGUGCACUACCUUUAAAAUAAUUUAAGUCUGUUUUCUGCCAGCGUGCAUUCGUUCGCUAUUCGAUGAGACGUUUCAUCUGAUAUAAUUCAAAAUGUUGAUGAAAGUAAAUCCAGAUCAAAGAUCGACUCGUUUAAAAUUUGUGUUAUGAGCAGGUCCAUUAUGGAAAUAUGAGUAGAAAUUCUGAUAAUAUACGAAGUAAAACUUAAUAACGUCGAACAGAAUAGUGUUUUUUCAGAUCAUAGUUAUUUAUAUAUAUUUAUUGAUAUUUCUACACUUAGUUAAUAAACCCCAAAGCCGCGGACUGGACACAAGCGGUGCGCGGCGCGGCGAGCGGCAACUCAAGGCCAUUCAAUACGUUGCGUUUGGCCAUAUGUAUGAUAUGAACGACCUUGAUUUGCCGCUCGCAUUGCCGUGAGCCGCUGGCGUACAUAUAUGACUCAAUAAUAGGGUGUAGCCUCAUAUUGUAUAAAAAAUUGCUCAAUGUGAUUUUAUAAUAUAUGUACUUAAUUCCAAAGUGUCAAAAUCAGACAUUGGUUAUAUAAAUAUGAACUCAAAAUUGAUGAAAUUAAAAUACAGAAUAGAUCCAUAUUGUUUUA